AUGAGGAGUCUAAAAGAUUACAAGGUGGGUAUGAAAAUCACCGUAAACGAUAGGAUGCAAAAGGAUUACGAGUACGAACUCGUUGAGCCAAUGGGUGAAGAAGCUCCCGACUUCAACGACAACAACUUCAACCCUGAAUUAACGCCAGAGGAAAUGCUACAAGAAGGAGUCUUUGAAGGCAAAUACCUCAAUGAUUGUCAAGACGAGUUCCCCAAAGAAUGGUUUGACAAUUCACGAGAUAAACGAGUCAAGAUCGGCCAGCCGCCAGAUUUCAAAUUGAAUCGAUUCAAAAUAAAGAGUCGCCAGUCGUUGGUGAUUUGGCGCGAGAAUGAUUGGGUCAUGGGUGAUGAUCCUCGCGGGUGGUUCCAGUGGUAUUGUCGAUACUGGCUAGGAAGACGAAGUGAAUGUGACGAGUUUCAAAAGAAACGGUGGAGAGCAUUCAAGCGCCACAAGGGCCAGAUUGAGAAGAACUGUGCCAAGAAGGAUUAUAGUUGUCGUCCCAAGCAACGUCAAGCGUUGUUGCAAUGGGCAUAUGAUCCAUUCAUUUGA